AUGCAAGACAAACAACAAUGUUGGAGGCUUGGACUUGAGUCUGUGAUAGUUAGCCUCCUGAAAGUUUAUUGUGAUCCUGGAAACUUGGUUUUUGUAAUAGGGGCAGAAGGUAAACUGCAGGAAUGGUUGGUUGAGAAAUUAAAUUCAAUCGAUGUGAAUCCAAAACCUAAAGUUUCCGUUGAAGUAGGAGUUGCUGAAAGAAAGCAAUCUUAUUUGGAAGGUGGAUUAUGGUUUGUUUCAUCUAGAAUAUUAAUUGUUGACAUGUUAAAAAAAAGACUACCUGUAGAUUUAAUUACUGGAUUUGUGGUUUGUAAAGCUCACAAUAUUUUAAAAAAUCAUUUGGAUGCAUUUGUAUUGAGACUUUAUAGACAAGAUAAUAAAAAUGGUUUUAUUAAGGCCUUUUCUGACCAAGCAACAGCUUUUACCGGAGGUUUUAAUAAAGUUGAACAAAUAUUAAAAGCUUUAUUUACCAGAAAUAUACUACUAUGGCCUCGAUAUCAUGCAAUAGUUAAAAGUAGUUUAAAUCAGUGCAAGCCAGUUGUUGUUGAACUUCAUUUGGAAAUGACCAAAAAAAUGUUACAACUUCAAUCUGCACUACUUGAUUUAAUAAAAUCCACCAUUGAUGAACUCAAAAAACUGAAUCCAAUGCUUGUUACAGAAGAAAUUACUGUUGAAAAUGCCAUUAAUGAAACAUAUUUUAAAGUUUUACAUUCUCAACUAGACGCAGUCUGGCAUGCACUCAGUGAAAGAACUAAAGCUUUACUAGCAGACCUUAAACUUUUUCAUUAUAUGAUUUUAUCAUUACUAACUAGAGAUAGUGUUUCUUUUUAUUCAUUAAUAAAUUCUCAAAGAAAGUCUGAUUGUGCUAUGAAAGGUUCUGGGUGGCAUUUUUUACCAUCUGCGGAAAUUGUUUUUAAUACAGCAAAGCAAAGAGUAUUUUCUAGCAUAGAUGCAGAUCCAACAGACCCAAAACAUCUGAAUGCAGAACCUCAUCCAAAAUGGCUUAUAUUAUCUGAAAUUUUAUUGGAAAUUCAUAAAGAGUUUAAAAAACAAGAGCCGAUGGUUAAAGUUGAAAACUCGGACAAUGAUGAUGUUGAAAAAAAAAUGAAAGAAAUGUUUGAUGAAGAACCUAAUACAACAAAAAAUGAAUCUCAAAGUAGUGAAUGUGAAAUUUUUGGGGAUAUUUUAAUACUUACCAGAGAUGAAAGAAACUGUUUUCAAUUACAAACGUACUUAACAACUGGAGAAGAAGAACUGUUGAAAAUUCAAAGCAGGAAAUUUUUAUUCAACAAAAUCCAUGUUAAAAAUGUAAAAGAAAAUGUUGAAGAAGUAAAGAAAAAUGAAAAGGUAAAAAAAAAAAAAAUACUUAAUUAUUUUUGGCUAUUAGUAAAGAUAAUUGUAAAUAAAUUUGUAUUGAAAUUUCUUUUUCAGGAAACAGAUGAUUUACAAAAUUCGGUUCCUUCAGAGUCAGAGGAGAUUGGAGAAGAACAAGAAAAUGAUACUUAUAUUUUAUCCCUUUCCGAAUUUGGAACUUCUAAAUUAGAAACUGAUGAAAAAGUAAACAUAGCCGGUUGUUUUGAAGACAGGAUUUCUUUUACUCAAAAAUGUGACUUGCUCAACGAACAAACAUUGUUAACGCCUAAUUCAAAAAAAUCUCCUGUGAUUGUUAUCAAAUCAUACAAAAAGAACUUGAUGAGUUUACCAAAAAUGUUAGAAGAACAGAAACCUCGCUGGAUUAUAAUUUACGACCCAGAAAUGACUUUAGUACGUCAGGUGGAGGUUUAUCAAAGAAAGAAUCCUGAAAUCCAGAUCAAAGUGUAUUUUUUGGUUUUUGGAGGUACCAUCGAGGAACAAUCUUACUUGACGUCUUUAAGAAAAGAAAAAGAAGCCUUUGAUUUUUUAAUUGAAGAAAAAGCCAGAAUUGUCAUUCCUACCGACCUUAAUGAUUAUCCAGAAUUGGUUCGAGAUGAUGAGAGUGCUGCUGCCCAGUUUUUAAAUAAAACAAGAAAAGGAGGAAUCGAUUCCCCCAAAAAGGGGAAUUCGAAAAUAAUAGUUGAUAUGAGAGAAUUCAAAAGUGAACUUCCGGCCAUUAUACAUGCAAGAGGAAUCGAAAUCGAGCCUUUAACGAUUACGGUGGGAGAUUAUAUUUUAACACCGGAUAUCUGUUUAGAAAGAAAAAGUGUAUCUGAUUUAAUUCAGUCACUGAAUUCUGGACGAUUGUACAAUCAAGCCACUGCCAUGACUCGUUAUUAUUCUAAACCUAUGCUACUAAUAGAAUUUGAUAAAGACAAGCCAUUUGACCUUCAGAGUCGUUAUUAUCUGAGUACAGAUGCUUCUUCCGAUCAAUUGGUAACAAAACUACAAUUAUUAACAUUACACUUUCCUCAAUUGAGGAUUAUAUGGUCUCCAAAUCCAACAGCCACUGCUCAGCUAUUCGAAGAACUCAAGCAAGGACAUCCUGAGCCUGAUUCCGCUACUGCUUUAGGUAUAGGAAUCGAAGAAACAGCCACAGACGAAGAUAAAUUUAAUCCCGGUAUAAAAAAAUUUAUGUCGCAGUUGCCAGGAGUUUCAAAUAAAAAUAUAAAUGUGUUGUUGUCACGAGGAAAAUCGUUGGACCAUUUAGAAAGUCUUUCCCAAACGGAAAUCUCAGACAUCUUACAAAAUUCGGUGGAAGGUGAAAGUUUAUACAAUUCUAUUCAUCAUAAAUUUCAUCCGGAUGAAAGUUCAAGUGUCGUGAAUCCUAAUAAAAAUAGAUUAAAGUCUAUCGCGAAUAAAAAUAAAAGGAAAAAAUUUCAAUAA